AGUAAAAUUUAGUCAAUUAUCGUAUUGCUAUAUAUUACUUCUGGGAUUCAUUUUAUAUCUGAAUAAUAUUUCCCAAAUAGAACGGUUUAAGCGCUUCUCAAUUAGUAAUAAAUAAAAUAUCUGUAACAUACCAUAGUAAGAGGGUGUUAAGUAGUUCAUUUAAAGCCUUUCUUAAAACUAAAUUUUUUGCAUUUCAAAAACUGUUUUUCAGUGAAGUUUUACCUAGGGAAGUGGUCCUGUAUUUUUAAGUAUAAUUUGUAUUUGCAUGUCAUGUUUAAUUAACGCCCCCAUGCAGGAAAGACCGAGAAAGUGUUCGUCGCUCCGGCCAAAAAAUUUGCAAUCGCCCCGAACGGGAGGAAUUGAAAUGAAUAUGAGAGACGAGAGAAAAGGAGGGGGGUUGAUGAUUUUGGACCGGCCAUGGAAUGGCAAUGGAAUGAAACGAAUUCGGAUUUCAUUCUGCCUCCUUUCCGCCCACUUUUUGGCCUUUUUUUUCGCCUCUUCCAUACACCCAGUUUUGUGUACGUUUUGCUGUCUACUUUGUGAAACGAGCCAGUUGAAUAAAAACAAAACAAAAUGGUUGGGCAAAAGAACAAAAAAAAAGAGGAAAGGCGAAAGACGAAAGCGCCAGAGAUAUGUUUCCUUUUAUUCUUUCGAUUUGGUUCCGUUUUGUCUCUCCCACUUGGGCGAUUCUCUCGCCGCCUGUCUCUUUCACUUUUUUUUCUGAUUCUUUUCUGACUUUUUUUUCUUUCUUUUUACUUUUUUCCACUCUCAGCGGCACAAAGAACCUAAAAUUAAAUAUUUUCGCCUUUUACAUAUCGCAGCCAGUGGCAGAGCAAAUCGUUUUCUGUUAUUGUUUUUGUUGCUCUAUUCCCGUACAUUCCGCUCCGGUUGUUGUUGCUGCUAUUGUUGUUGUUUGUGUGUGUUUAUUGGAGUGCAUAUGUACGGACGGACACACACGCAUACCCAGGCGUUUAGCUGGACAUUCACGCAGCACAAUUGCGGUCAAAAUAGUAGUGGUCAACGAAAGUUGCACUCGCCUGGAGAAGGCAUUUUUGGCUUUGCUUUUCCUCAAUUAGAGCAAGAAAAGUUGCAAAAUGUUGUUUACAUUUAGCCAGAAAUGAGGUCAUUAUAAAUACAUAGUAAAUAACAGAGGAAACUGGCUGAAUUAAACUUUUCUUUACUUCGUCUGUGAAGCAAAAUCAAAUUAUGUUUAUGUUUUCAAUUAUUAAACUCUCUGCAGCUUUAAAAAUUCGAAAGAAAAUGUUAGAAAAAUAUUAUAUUUUUCUUUCUUUCUAAUAAUGUAUCAAAUUUGGUUUUCAUUGAAAAUAAAUGUUUGAAAAUGGCAAAUAGCCGAGCAAAUGGUACAAUAUGUUUGUACGAAAGUUUUCAACAUUGCAAAGGAAAUACAUUGAAACGCUUGUAAAUAUUUAUCCAUUAAAACUUUUAUUAUAAAUAAACAAUCGAAAAGCGUUUACAAUUUGAUGAUACAGUACCACAGAUUUCUUGGUAUUUUUAUAGAUAGAGAAUAAUUAAAAUAUAAUAAAAAUUAUUUAGAAAUUGAGACAGUUUCAAGUAUAGAAUGUUGAUUAAUCUGUUUGAUUACUAAGUAAUUUGUCUUAAUAGAAAAAGCUAUAGUCUACGGCCUACUCAUUUGCCUGUAGUUGUAGCUGUUUUUGUGAACGCCUGCAAAAGCAUUCCACUCAGUUGGGAUUUGUUGAUGCAUUGUCCGUAUUCCCAGUGCCCGUCCACUCCGUGUCCUCUCUAUAUUCCUAUAUACUCGUAUCUACAUAUCCCAAUCGGUAUCCAUGGAUGUCCCUGUCCAUGACUAUGACACAAAGGCCUACAUUCUGUCUCUUAGUAGAAACACCAACAACAAAACCAGCUAGCAAAGCUAAUGAGCGCAUUCAGUUAAAAAUAACAUUGAAAAUGAAACAUACCCAAAUAUACACGAAUUGAAAUGAAUUGAAUCGGAUUGAAAAUAUCUCAAACAGCUGUUGCUCAUCGUCGGCAGCGGACCACGAAUUAAAUUCUCAGCAACAAAUUCGCGCAGAAAAAGAAAUACAUAAAAAUCUAUUAGAAGAAAAAUACGCGUAAAAAAAAAAAAUUAUCAAGGCGAAACAAAUAGAAAAAUAAACGGAAAAAAAAUACACGGAAAAUCUGAAUGAAAGAACUUUUUCGGACAACUUCCCUCGACGGUGCUAAUGUGCAAAGUUUUGUGUUUUCAUCAGCAGCAACGCCAAGAGGAACGGGAAAAACAAGCAAAGAAUUCACGGCAAAUUAUUUAAAAAGAGUGUGCGAAUAGACGGGCGACGACAUCGGCCCCUGGAGAAUUUAACAGCAAUAACACCGGACAAAAAAAAUUAAACCACCAGAGAAAAUAGUCGAGAAAAGUCCACAAGACCGCAAGCAGUACAAGUAGCGACGAAAUGCCGUUUGUGACGCCCCGUUCGGGGACAAGCAGUGCAAAUUCAAGCAGUGCACCAGGCGGACGCACAACAUUCCGCCCGCCAUGGGUGAAGGACGAUGGCGGAACCACUGCCACCAGCACCACAAAGCCUAGCACCACACCCUGGGCAAAGAAAACAGCGACAACAGCGGCUGCCACUCCGGCAACCAAGGAAAAUGGUGAAAAAUCAACUACAACCAAGCCAAAAGCAGCUGCCACUACCACUGCAACGGCAAAGAAAACCACCUCAACCCCUGAACCGGCUAAGAAGGUAGCCGAGCCAGCCAAAAAGGUGACGGAACCUGUAAAGAAAUCUUCUUUGGCUACAACCACGGCGGCAGCCAAGAAGACUCCGGAACCUGUCAGCACCAAGAAAGCGCCAGAGCCUGUCAAGAAAUUGGCGACCACUGUGGGUGCUAAAAAGCCCGUGGCCACCACCUCAGCACUCAAAAAGAAAAAGGAGCCGACACCACCACCCGAAUCCUCUUCAGAGGAAGAGGAGAGCGAGGAAGAGGAAGAGACCGAAGAGGAAACCGAGUCCGAGGAGGAGGAAAGCGAGGAGGAGAGCGAAUCCGAGGAAGAGGAGAGCGAGGAAGAAGAGGACACCACCGUGGACGAGAAGGUGCCCGAACACGUGAAGAAGGCGGCCCAACUGCGCCCCACCACCGUCAACAAGAAGCCGGAAACGGAAAGUGAGUUGAGCCAACGUUUUACCAUGGAGAAACCCAAGUUACGCAGUGUGGUGGUCAAGCGGGACAAAUCCUUGAAAAAGAUGGCCACCGAGGACGACGACGACGCCGAGGAGGGUGAAACGGAGGAGGAGCGCGACAAACGGCGACGCUUCAAAUUGGAGAAACCCAAACUGCGGCAUGUCAAGCGCGAGGAGAAGCCUCUGCCCAGCAAGAGCACCGAUGACCUGGCCAAAAUCCGGCCUGUGCUCAAGAAGGUACCCAAGAUCGAUGAGCUUCUCAAGGAGCCAAAAGAAGAGCCCAAGCCCGAGUUCACGACCAAGACCCUGCGCAAAGCGUCCAUUAAGCGCGAGCCGAGCAUCAAGUGCGUUCCCGCCCCGCCGCCGUUGCCCUCGUUGGUGCCCAAGGCCCCGCCACCGCCACCCCCGCCCCUUGCACCCGGUGAGAAAAGAGUGCUCUCCACUAACCAGAAGGAGACUCUCGAGAAACUCAGGACACGACCCCGAAGGCGUCCGGACUGGUCCGAGAUGAUGAAGGAGGUGGAGAGCGGCAAGAAGCUGCGCCAUGUGGCCUGCAACGAUAGAUCUCAGCCCAUCCUGACGUGCAAGUCGAUGACUAAAGUGGAUGAUAAGUUCAUCUACGAAACAGAGAAGGGUAACUCGCACAACAAGCUGCUCAAGCAGAUCCAGGGCGGCAUAAAGUUGAAACCAACCAAGACCAACGAUCGCAGUAAGCCCGUGCUGGAUGGAUUGCGGAAGUUCCGCCGCCAAAUGACCAUUGAGGAGCAGUUGCAGAAGUCCCAGUCGAAGGUCAAUAUGUUGAGCGAAGCACCUAGCAGCCAUGCUCUCGGGCCAGGCAGUGCCACGGCUCUGGGAGCCGGAGGAUCUCGGCCCAGCAUUGUAUCGGCCAUGUCCAUCGACGAGGAGAGUCCCGACGAACUGGACGACAUUGACAAGAUCCGCGAUGAUCUGCAAAGCACCAAGCAAAUGUUGGCACUGGAACUGCGCAACCGAGAGGCCCAGGAGCGCGAAAACAAGAAGCUACUGGCCAAGAUCCGAACUCUAGAGACCGAACUAGAACGUGAGAAAUCACGCGAAAAGAAUCUUGAAUACGGAUCAAAUGUGAUUGUGGCCACCAUGGAUCCCACCCCUACCGCCGAACAGACCUACGUCAACUCCCUGAAACGUGAAGUGGAGGAUGCUCGCAAGGUGUCCAAGGAGGUGGAGCAGAACUAUCAGAGCACCAGCGAGCUGUUGGUGGAGGCCAAGACCGAGAUCGAGGAGCAGCGCCGCCAGAUACAGUUGCUCGAACGCAAACUGGCAGCUGCUCUACAGGGCGGUGGAUCCCUGGAUGGAUCGCGUCGACCAAGCGAUGCUAACUUCGGAAGAGACAGCUCACCAGAACUGGAACCCGAGAUCAGUGAAAGCGAUCCCGACGAACCUGAGGAGAAGAAGGUGGAACGCAGGGAGCGUCGCUCCGGCAAAGAGCUGAAGAUCCUGCGCAGCAAGCUUACUAAACUUAAGGUCAAGGAGGAGGCGGCCAAGAAGGAGAAGGACGCCCUGAAGCAGGCCAUGAAGAAGAAUCAUGUAAUCCUCAAAGAGGAAAACAAGAAGUUCAAGAAGCUGGAGAAGGAAGUGCAGAAGAUGGCUGCCUCGAUGAAACUGGACGAGGACGACGUGGACGGCGAGGAGAAGGACGAGGACGAGGAGGAGGCCGAAGAGGAGCAUGCUACCGAAGAGGAAGAGGAAUCUGACGACGAGUCCGAGGAAUCGGAUUCGGAGGAAAGUGAAGCGGAAACGGGAAGCGAGUCCGAGCCGGAGGACUCGCCUAACUCCGCGAAGAAGGCUAAUGUCGAGCCGCGGGUGAAGAAGCACGAAAGCCGGUUCGCGGCGAUGAAGAAGUGCAAUGUGCUGCUCCAGGCGAACGUAGACAAUUUGCAGGAUCAAAUUGUGCAAGUGCGAUCGCGUGCCACCAAUCUGCAGGACGAACUGGACGCGGUUAUCGCCGAUCUGGGCUUCUAGUUCUUGCCGCUUGUCGUCUGUUUCUGUUUCCGUUCCUUGCUCUGUUUUUUCGAGUGUGUGUGCUUCGAGAAUAUAAACAUAAACAAUAAUAAACAAACAAACAAACGAAAAA